GAAGGCAUCACUUUAUGGUCUCCUUCAGGGAAAGGCAGAAGGAGCUGUUUGAUAUUCCAGUGACCGUGUGUCAGCUGCCCGGCCCUGUGACUGCAUCAGCAAAGCAAGGCAAACUUCUGAUCAUCUGACAACCUCCAAAAAAGAACCGUGGCUGAAUGGAGCUUAAAGGGCCACAGAUGCAAGAAAGAACGUGAACAUUCCUGAAGGUGUGAGAUGUGUCUGGCAGUGACCUCCCUACCUCAGUAAUAAAGAAGAGUUUUUCUACAGGAGCUUAGGAUAUCUUUACUCCAGCUUCUUAAUAUACUAACUGGAAUGGUGCUCUGACAACAAUUCCCCAUAAUAAAGCACUUACCCUACUACAGAACAGUAUUUCUUUCUCUACUGAUAAUGUAACUCAAUGGCGGAAAAUAAUGUUUUGAUAAGCAUGCCUGAAGAUCGUUCCUUUCACGUGCGAUACAGGAUGGAGGCUUCCUGCCUGGAGCUGGCUCUGGAAGGCGAGCGCCUGUGCAAGGCAGGGGAUUGCCGGGCUGGAGUGUCCUUCUUUGAAGCAGCUGUGCAGGUCGGAACUGAAGAUUUACGAACCCUGAGUGCUAUUUACAGCCAGCUGGGCAAUGCCUAUUUCUACCUGCAGGAAUAUGCAAAGGCCUUGGAGUACCAUCACCACGAUUUAACUCUUGCAAGGACAAUUGGAGAUCUACUGGGAGAAGCUAAAGCUAGUGGGAACCUGGGCAACACCUUAAAGGUACUUGGGAAUUUUGAAGAAGCUAUCGUUUGCUGUCAGAGACAUCUGGAUAUUUCCAGAGAACUUAAUGAUAAGGUUGGAGAAGCAAGAGCACUGUACAAUCUGGGAAAUGUGUAUCACUCUAAAGGAAAAAAUGUAGCUAAUGCUGGAACUCAUGAUCCAGGGGAACUUCCAGAUGAUGUGAAAAAUGCUUUAGAGAAAGCUGCAAAGUAUUAUGAGGAAAACCUGUCAAUAGUGACAGAGCUGGGUGACAGAGCAGCACAAGGACGUGCCUUUGGAAAUCUGGGAAACACACACUAUCUUCUGGGCAACUUCAGGAGUGCAGUUUUAGCCCAUGAACAGCGUCUCCUAAUUGCAAAAGAAUUUGGUGAUAAAUCAGCAGAAAGAAGAGCAUACAGCAACCUUGGAAAUGCCUACAUAUUCCUGGGGGAAUUUGAAACUGCUGCUGAAUACUACAGGAGGACACUGCAGCUGGCUCGGCAGCUGAAGGACAGAGCUGUGGAAGCGCAGGCCUGCUACAGCCUGGGGAACACCUACACUCUGCUCCAGGACUAUGAGAAAGCAAUUGACUACCAUCUCAAACACCUCGUGAUUGCUCAGGAGCUACAUGACAAAAUUGGGGAAGGAAGAGCAUGCUGGAGUUUAGGGAAUGCUUAUACUGCUCUGGGAAAUCAUGACCAAGCCAUCCAUUUUGCAGAAAGGCACCUGGAGAUUUCAAGAGAGGUAGGAGACAGAAGUGGAGAACUCACUGCCAGACUUAAUCUCUCAGAUCUUCAAAUGGUUCUUGGAUUAAGCUACAGCACAAACAACUCCAUGAUGGCAGAAAGCCACGCAGUGGAAAACAGUUUGAAUGGUGGCAGACCAAGAGGACGCCGUUACAGCAUGGAGAACAUGGAACUUAUGAAAUUAACACCAGAAAAGGUUCCAAACUGGAACAGUGAGAUUCUUGCUAAACAGAAACCACUGGUUGCCAAAACUUCAGCAAAACUUCAUUUUGUAAAUCGACUAAAAGGCAAAAAGUACAAAAAUGGCACCACCUCCAAAGUUUUGCAGGAUGCCAGUAACUCCAUUGAUCAUCGACUUCCAAACUCUCAGAGGAAAAGCAGCCGUGAGACAAUGGCAGAUGAAGGGUUCUUUGAUCUGCUGAGUCGGUUCCAGAGUAACAGGAUGGAUGAUCAGAGGUGCUGCUUCCAGGAGAAGAACAGGCUCUCAGCUCCUUCAGUGGCAACAUCCUCCACUCCACCUAAAACGAUGAUAAAAUCCUUUUCCACGUCGGCGGUGUCCCCGCGCACGGACGAGUUCCUGGAGCUGCUGGCGAGCUCGCAGAGCCGCCGGCUCGAUGACCAGCGCGCCAGCGUGGGAGAGCUGCCCGGGCUGCGGCUGCGCCAGCGCGGCAGCCAGGCCCUGCUGGGCCACCUGGUGGCCAGCAGCAACAGGGACCUGGACGACGACUUCUUCGACAUACUGAUCAAAUGCCAGGGUUCCAGACUGGAUGAUCAGAGAUGUGCUCCUCCAGGAGCUGCCAAAGGCCCCACUGUACCAGAUGAGGAUUUUUUCAGCCUGAUUUUGCGCUCACAAGCGAAGAGAAUGGAUGAGCAGAGAGUCCACUUACCCUCAGCUAUAAAGGGAUCCAACUCCAGCUGAAGACCCCAGAAGUAUGUACAGCAGCAUCCUAGGGAUCAUUCUGGUUUGCUGGAAGAGCACACUUGCCUUUUUUAAGAUGACUACAAUGAGUAGCUCUGUGUCCUUUCUCCUGAUUUUUCACAGAAAUAGCAGCAGCAUCGCCCUGGUGAGCAGCAGUUCAGAGCUGCUUGCACUUGGCAGCUGCUUUCAGAGCAGUGUCUGAGGUACUGGUUCUGUGUCUCCUUAUUUGCCUCUAGUCUAUCAAAAUUACUACGACUUUUUUUUUCUCUGUCAAUUCUCUCAUUGCUCAUUACUGGAUUCUACCACUGUCUCAAUCUAGUGAAAGACUUAAAAUUUUAUGUUCUUUUUAAAGAAAAUUUGAUUUCCGCCCCUGAUUUGUACUUCCUGAAAAAAAAGUUCUGUUUUCUUUUAUACUUUUUUUUAAAAAAAUGAUUUAAAAAAAAAGAAGAAAUAGCUUUAGUAUUUAGUCUCUUUGCAGAAACACAGUUUGGAAGAAACAAUAAUUUCUAUAAAAAAUGAAACCAUAGUUUUAAUUCUGUUUAAUAAAAAAUAGUUUUUUCAAGCA